UUACUAAAGUAAGUCAAACAAUUCAACAGUAAAUAGUUUUAGCUUUAAGUAAAUGCUAUAUUUAAUAAGGCAUUUAAAUGAUAUUAAGUGUAAAUGGGAAUAAUGAAUGUGUGUUUGUUGCUCACAUAGUGUAAUGUUAAGUAAUCACACUACACAUGUUAUCAAAUAACUGAUGUUUUUGUGUUAUUUUUUCACUUCUGCAGAACAAACCCAGAAGAAUGUCUGAAAGAAGAGAGAACAAUGUCCGUGAAAGUCAAGUGAUGAGAAGCAACUUCCAAACCUUUCCCAACCAAAUCGUUGAGGUUUUUCAGAAUGGAACCACCAGAAUGCGGUCUUGGUUCUGUGCCAAAGAAGAUGAAUAUUUGAAAGAAGAACUGAUAAGAUCUACGCAAUCCCUUCACCACUACAUACACAAAUACUUCAACAUCACUAACAGACUGUUGGAGAUCCUCAAUACUCAGAUGUAUCAAAACAUCUUACCUGCAGUCUCAGCGAAUGACAGUGAAAGUAUCGAGCAGAACUGUGUCAGGGUUAGACAUGUUAUGAGCCAAAUCCUUGACAUUUGUGAAAGGGAGGACAAACAUGUUCAGAAGAGCAUUGAACCUGCACUUUAUGAAAAGAUCGCCUUCUCUGUUGGGUCACUGGAAGAAAAGGCUGCAGUGAUAAAAGACGUGCAUGAUAAGAACAUGGGUGUCUUGGGAAAUGUCUUCUGUCCUGUAGUCACUGUUCAGCUGGCCAGAAGUAAUCUGACGGACGUAAUGCCUCCAGUGGAACUGCUUAAAUCUCAGCCCGUUUCAUCAUUCGUCCUGCUGGGAGAUCUCGAGCAGAGCAGUAAAACGAUCACUAAGCUUCUGUGUGGAUCGCAAAACCAUCAAACGAGCCUUGAUGAAGCUAUACAGUUAAUGCAAGAUCUCCUUUCUAUUCUGAGGCCGCCCUGUGACUCCUACAAUGAUAUUCUUUGUGAAGUGGAAGCCUAUGUGAAGAUCAUAUCCAAGAAGAUGUAGGAGAGAAUUUAAAAAGCAAUAAUUCUGAGAGCAUGGUAAAUAAAAGAAUGUUAAAAAGUAAA